CACUCCAGACCAAACACACACGCACGCGCACACCAUCUCGAUCCACUUCUCCGGCUCCGCGGAGGAAACUCUUACUUUCUCAUUUUUCCGCGAAAUCUGCUGGUAUGCAUGAUCAGGAAAAGACGAAAAGCGCACGGAGGGAUGUUUUUCACAUUUGCAGAUGCACUUUAUAUUUAUUGCUUUUAUGCUUGGGACCGAAAAUUGGACUCACAGCACAUGAGACCGACUCCGACACGUUUGCCUUUUUCCAUGAGGGGGUGCGGGGCUGUUUGGCCGUUCGAGACCACGCGCUCUACCUUACAACAUCCUGUGAUAGUGACGCUCAACUCUGGAAGUGGGUCACCCGGAAUCGUCUCUUUAACAUAGGCUCCUCCCUCUGCCUGGGUGUCAGGAUGGGAAAUGGGAAUGCCACAAGUGUUUUGCCUCGACUCAGCGUGUACCGGUGUGACCGCGAACCCCCUCUGGUCCGGUGGUCUUGGAGCUGCAGCAAGUUCCUGGAUGACCUCAGCACCUAUUUGCCAAAUCCGAACCCACCUAGAGAUGACCGCAAUGUCUUAGCUGCUCGGACCUCUCCACUAGCUGGAAGCACACGGUGGAAACUUUACGGUGACGAGCAGGACCUUUGUGCCAAAACGUAUCGUGAAAUCUACACCAUCCAGGGAAACUCUCAUGGACACCCGUGUUACCUGCCUUUUCUAUAUGAUGGACACUGGUUCCACAGCUGCACCAGUGUGGGGAGAGAGGACGGCCAUCUUUGGUGCGCCACCACACACGACUACGGCAAAGACGAACGCUGGGGAUUCUGCCCUGUUAAGAGUGCAGACUGUGAGACAUUCUGGGACACAGACUCUCUGAUGGAUAACUGCUACCAGUUUAAUUUCCAGGCCACACUCUCAUGGGAGGAGGCUCGCACCAGCUGCAAACAGCAGGGGGCAGAACUGCUGAGCAUCACCAAGGUGGAGGAGCAGAGCUACAUCAAUGGUUUCCUCACUGGUUACAGCUCCACUCUGUGGUUGGGUCUGAAUGAUCUGGACCUCAACGGAGGCUGGCAGUGGUCUGACACUGCUCCUCUCAAAUAUCUCAACUGGGAGGCAGAUCAGCCAAACCACGAGGAUGAUCAGAAUUGUGGUGUGAUCCGUACCGAGAGCUCAGGGCGCUGGCAGAACAGAGACUGCUCCAUGGCACUGCCUUACAUAUGCAAGAAACGGCCCAAUGCCACCCUUGACCCGUUCACCACAGACUCCUGGACAGAUGAUGGGGGGUACCAGUGUGAUAUCGGCUGGCAGAAUUUCCAGGCUGGCUGCUACAGGCUGAACUCAGAAAAGCUGGACUGGAAUUAUGCCGAAAAAAACUGCCAGAAGAUGGACGCCCACUUAGUCAGCAUCCACACACUCCCGGAGCUGGAGUUUAUUAAUAUGCACAUGAAAAGAGAUGUAGAAGAGGUGUGGAUCGGACUGCAUGAUACCAUGAUGCAGAUGAAUUUUGUGUGGACUGACCAUACUCCUGUUAUCUUCACCUACUGGCACCCAUUUGAGCCCAACAACUUCCUGAACACACAGGAGGACUGUGUCAUCAUGUGGGGUCCUGAAGGCCGCUGGAAUGAUAACCCCUGCAAUUCCUCUUUACCUUCCAUCUGUAAAAAAGCAGCUCAGAAGACAGAUGGACCGAUCCAAGACCACGGGUGCAGACAGGGAUGGAAGUGGCACAAUCCUGCAUGUUUCUGGGUUGGAGAGGAGUCCGUAACUUUCAAUAAUGCUAGACGAGUGUGUGCUAGCUACAACGCAACAUUAGCCAUCAUCAACAACAGGUUCGAGCAGGCGUUUGUGAACAGCUUGGUGUUUGGCCGUUCAGACGAUCAUUUCUGGCUGGGGCUGAAUAAUCAGAACAGCACUGGGCCUUUCCGCUGGCUCACCGGGGAGCAACUGACAUACACCAACUGGAACAGAGAUCAGCCAGCUCCAUUUAAAGGUGGAUGUGUAGCCAUGGCAACAGGCCAUGCUACAGGCCUGUGGGAGGUGAAGGAGUGUGCAAGUGCACGCUCCAAGUACAUCUGCAGACAGGACAAGGGCUCUUCAUUUUCCCCAAUUCCCCCUCAGCCCCAACCUACACCCCCUCUCACAGGCUCCUGCCCCCCUGAUUGGAAGAGUUCCAGCACAUUGCAUUACUGUUACAAGGUCUUUCAUGCCGGUGACCUAGAGAAGAAGCUCACAUGGAUUCAGGCUCACAUGUAUUGCCAGAGGCACGGUGCUGAACUAGUCAGCUUUGGCAGCCCAGAUGAAGAAACCUUUGUGUUUCAGGUCCUCCACGAGACUUUCGGAACGGAGGAGGAUCAUGAACAACACUGGCUCUGGAUAGGUAUAUCUCGCCGAAUCAGUGACAGCUGGACAUGGAGUGAUGGAACAGCUGUGUCAUAUCAGAACUUUGGUAGGGGUCCGUAUAGCUCGGCACUGUGUGGAGCUGCAAACGUGGCAGAUAUGAACUGGGUGAAGGCUGAUUGCAAUUCUGAACUAGACUGGCUCUGCAAAAUACCUAAAGGGAUAGCUGAGGUAGAGCCUGAGCCUUCUGAAGACUCUGGUCUGGACUGGGUUGAUUUCCAGGAAGCUCAGUAUAAGCUGUUUGAGCAUCGCACCACAUGGGGGCAGGCCCAGAGGAUCUGUUCAUGGUUUGGCGCCUCUCUCGUCUCCAUACAUUCUGCCAGUGAGAAACAGUUCCUGGCAAGCACUCUGCGCAAGAUGUCAAGGAUUGAUAGUGAUCUCUGGUGGAUUGGACUACACACAUUUGAGAACGAUGGACGUUUCCGGUGGUCUGAUCACUCUGUGCUCAACUACGUGUCUUGGGGACUUGGCCAACCACGUCCCCUCACUAGAGACCGCAAGUGUGUCCACAUAUCCGCAUCAAAAGGGGAAUGGGCAGAUAAAAAGUGUCAUUUAGAUAUGCCCUAUGUGUGUAAGAGAGUAAAUGUCACCGGCACACCUCCUCCCACUCCUCCUCCUCCUCUCAUCCCAUCAGGUUGUCCUGAUGCCUGGAGUCCAUUCCUGCAUAAGUGUUAUAAGGUGUUUGGGAAAGAGGAGUCGAGGCGUGUCACAUGGUCCGCUGCCCGCAUGAUGUGCCAAUCUCAAGGGGCAACACUAGCCACAGUACCCACUCACAUUGAGCAAGCAUUCCUGGUGACUCUGAUGCCCAACUCGAGUUUUCAUCUGUGGUUGGGGCUUACCUCAGAUUCCCAAGGACACUUUAAGUGGGCGGAGCCUGGUCUUCUUAGCUAUACAAACUGGGGCCCUGGGGAGCCAGUGACCAACGGUGGACAAAACAAAAGUCCAACUAAUUGUGUGGUGCUACUCCAUAUUAGUCCUCACAGAACCACAGGAAUGUGGGCAUCUCGAGGAUGUGAAUCAGAGAAACAUGGCUACAUCUGCAUGAAAAACAAAGACCCUGCUAUUCCCCCCGGUGUGGACCCUCUUCCCCCUGUUCCUGAGGCGCAGCUGGAGUUUAAGGGCAAACAGUACCGUUUGUUACAGGCACGGCUAGACUGGGAAGGGGCUCUGCAUGUGUGUGAGUCUGUUAAUGGUAGUCUGGCCUCGGUACGAGACCCACAGCAGCAAGCAUACCUCACACUCCUACUCAAUGCCCUCCGCAAGCCUGCCUGGAUCGCCCUACACAGUGACGGGGGCCGUGGAUACAAAUGGCUGGGAGAGGAGGAAGUUACUUUCAGCAAUUGGCGCGAUGGAGAGCCCAAUCUGAUGGCUGGGUGUGGUCACAUGACCACCAGUGGCCAAUGGACAAUGUCAUCCUGUAAUAUAAAAUUGGAUGCAACCAUCUGUGAGCUGAAUACAGAGCGAGCAGUAGAUCACAGGUGGAUGUAUCCGGGUCACUGCCUUCAGACAGUCGGAGACUGGGCCUGGGUUCCGUUCAGAAACUCCUGUUACGCCUUUAACCUCAACCAGCUGCGGCUGCAACACGAUGCUGAGCACGCCUGCAAGAAAGUGCGAGCAGAGCUACUAUCAGUGCUGGAUGAGAAUGAGAAUGGUUUUGUUUGGGAACACAUUCAGAGCUACCAGGAGCAGGCUCAUGGUGCCUGGCUUGGCAUGACCUUCAGUACCAAAGUAGGAGGCAGUCUGCAGUGGCCGGACAGUUCGGUGGUGGAGUACACUAACUGGGAGCAGCAGGAUGGGAAUCUGAGCAUGCUCUCUGCUAACAGCUGCUUCUGGGUGCAGAGUAACACAGGGCUCUGGAAGCCUGGAUCCUGCAAGAACCGCACACACGGUGUCAUCUGUAAACGGCCCCGAGGACUGGAGGCUUCUGUUGUAGCAGCUGAUGUAGAUCAUCUUCCUGCCCUCGUUCUCAUUCUGCUGGCUCUCCUGGUACUGAUUGCUCUGAUAGUGGGCGGAGUUUAUCUGUAUCGUAGGAGGAGCCCUGGCUCUGCCGGAUCCUACGAGGGCGCUCGUUACAGUCGCACUAACCUCACCCCAUCUGAAGAGGCAGAGAAAAAUAUCCUGGUGUCGGACAUGGAGCUAAACGAGCAAGGGGAAUAAUGAAGGAAGAUAGAUCUUAAUGAUUGACUCAGUAAACUGGCCUGCACACACAAGGACUAAUUGAACUGACUUUGUUUUUUUGUUUUGUUUUUGUUUCAAGGGUUUUUUUUUUCCUUUUUGUGGUGACAUUUAGAAAGCUGUGUGGAGCGCAGCAGAUGUCAAUCAAACACGAAGGUGGAACUCCACCCCAUUUGAACUGUUGCGUCAUACCUGCACACCAACCAAUCAGAAUCCACCAGUUUAAAAAUGGCUGAUAUGUGACUGAUAUGCAAAUAGUGUUCUUUUUAUGCUUCACGUUAACUCUUUUUGGGAAUUCAGUUUAUAACCAUAUAUGUGUUUCUUAGUUACCAUCCGGUCAUUCGUAUUUUUUGCGGUACAGAAAAGAAAAGCCAUACCAGUUCAGAUUUCCAGACACAAAUGCACACACACAAGCACACUAUCUGUACCAAAGUGUUAUACCAUAGCAGUAUUUUUGCAGACUGUGACUGUGACGUGGUUCUAGUUUUACUUUUAUUCAUCUUUUUGAUUACCUCCAGCUAAAAGGAGGAUUAAUUUUUGAGUCCACAAAUCAUCUGCCUGUGGAAUUCUCCCCUUUUAUUUUCCCUUUCAUGUCGCUUCUCUCUCACCUCUUUGUUUCUCGUUCUCUAUCCAGCUGAAUGCCGGGUGCUGUCUGGAUGUGAUAAUCAUAGUGAUUAGAGAUGAAAGGAAUUGAUAGCAUGUGGAGCAUUUGACAAUACAGAGGCGAGACAGAGACAUAGAGGGAACACUGGGGGUAGAAAUGAGCUGUGUGGAUUAAAGAAUGAGAGUAAUUUAAAGGUCUUUUCAGCAUGGCUGGUGCUAGUUAAAGCUCGACUGUGCUGCUGAGAUUAGCUGGUGCUUGGAUCAAUUUGGUGUCUUUCCAUUUUUUGAGUGCUGUUUAGUAAAUGAGCUCUUUUGAAAGUUUACAAAAAUGGUCUGAGGAGUGUGGCACAAACUACAGCUUUUUCUAGUUAUGACAUAUUGAUUCAUAAAUUCAUAGGUUCAUGCAAUCUUUCUGGCCAGUCAUUUUCUUUUUUUCUUUUUUUUGCUUUUCCUAACAUUCUUAAAAGGUUUCAGAUUCUGUAGAGUUGCCUUUUUCCUUUAUUCCCCAUUGUCUCUCUCUCUCUCUCUCCCUCUCCUUUUGGCGAAAGCGUGGGGUUGAAAAGGUGCUGCGGCCAACUGUGGAAUGUCGAGUCAGCAAGUGGAUCGGGUCUGGAACCAAUUUUAACCUUUGAGGAACAAGAGAGAGGGAGAGAGAGAAAGAGAGAGAGUUGGAGAGAGAAAGUGUGAGUGAGAGACAGAAUGACAGGAAGAAAGAAAGAAAGAAAGAAAGAAAGAAAGAAGUUUGUGCAAGUUUAUGUUGCACGGUCACUGCGGCGCCUCUAGUGGACAUUGUGUCAUCACAGUAAGUGAAGUCUGCACUUUCAAAUAUAUUUACAAUCUUUUAUGAGCAUUUCUUCUCUAUGUACAUGUUACGCGUGCAUGUUACAGCACAAUAACUGGCCAGGACUGUGCAAAAAGAUAAGCGAAAUGAUAAAAUAUACAGCUCCUUCCAUGGUCUUGCUCACUGUCUGAGGUUCGGUCAUGAUGCAGUCGUCCUGAGUCAUACUACACUUUCAGAAUUUGAUAAAAGGCCAUUUCCUCAGCAGAGCAACUGCCACGUAGGCGAGUCUCAGUGAGUGCAGGUUUUUUGUGGCCUCCCACGCCAUAAAACGUUUCAACAUUUUGCAAUGAUCCCUUCCAAAAACACUCAUGCAACACUCAAGAACAUUAGCCUAUAUCAUCGUAUACAGACAGAUUUUAUUUGCAAGGCUAGUAAAAAUCAAGUUGCCGAAAAAAAAAAUAGUACAUACUUUUUAUGGUUUUUAUAAUCGGUUGAGAUUUCAGCCACCUGUCCUUGGUAUUGAAAAUAUUUCUUGAUAAUUAAAAAUACUGCAGUUUCUUCAGAAGUAAGAUGACUGAGGAAUCAGAAGACUAAAAGUCAUUGUGAUGGUUUAUUGUGCACAGAGACAGCCUGUGUAAUCCACAGCGUAAUCAUGCACUGGAAUACUUGACUUCAAGAUAAUGCUCAAGGCUAGAAAAAAAAUCCAUUAUUAUAUUCUUUGGAUUACACUAAUGAUCCAUUCAUGUAAACUGUUCUACGUAUUAUAACCACUGACCAGGUGAUUAUCCAUCUAUGUAUCCCACAAUUAGGACACACAGGUUUACUCAUCUAUCUACAUCCCAACCAUCAAAUCAAAUGUAGCUAUUAAUGAGCCUAAAAUGAGCCAACAUACCUGUAGUUUUUGUGUCCUGGGCUUGUUGCAGACUUUUAAAAGCACACAGGCAGCAACAGUGAAGCAUGACAUAAGUCAAUAGGAGGAUGAUAAAGUCCCAGCAAUUUAACAGUAAAAUAAACGUAUAGCCUGAGGCUAAAAUAGCAGCAGCAAAAUGGCAAUGUCUUUUUCAAGGUUAUGAAACAAUUCAUUAUUAUACGAUCAAAUAAAACAUGAUUUUUUUUGUGACAAAAAACAAAACAAAAAAACAGCACAAAUGUCUGUAGCAGAUAUCUGUUAUCAGCUGAUAACUCAUAAUGCCUAUGCAGUAAAGCUAGAAAACAUUUUGUGACAUUAGGAAUGGUUUAUAUUUAAUUUCUUUAAGUGAAUUUGCUUUCAUUCCAGGAUAUAAUGUUUUGCUUUUCCACAUUGACAUGAGCUGGUUAGCUAAACAUCAUUGCUAGUCUAUUACACUGGGGACUGCUCAUGACCGAAACCUGAAAUUUCUUUCUUUCUUUCUUUCAUUCUUUCUUUCUUUCUUUCUUUCUUUCUUUCUUUCUAUCUUUCUUUCUUUCUUUCUUUCUUUCUUUCUUUCUUUCUUUCUUUCUUUCCUUCUUUCUUUCUUUCUUUCUUUCAUGAGCUAAAUGCUUAAAAGCUGUCAACGUUUCCAAGAUAGAUGGCUAGUCAAGUAGCUGACUGAUUAAAGCCUCCAAGACCAAAUAAACUACACACACACACACACACACACACACACACACACACUGCUAUAAAUGAAAACUGGCCAGAAGCUGUUGAUUCAUAUUCUAUAACAGCAGCUGUGACAACAGAUUCAGUUAUAAUUUUAUAAAACAAACAAACAGACAGCAGCUUCUAUUGUUUACCCCACUUCUUCCACCUGUAUGAGAGACAGCCAGUAUAACCUGAGGCAAAUAAUAUAUGGAUGAAAUUGACUGAAAAUUGUAACAGUAAGUUUCCCAGCAUGAGAAAUGCUUCAGGGCAAAGAAUAGUGUGCUUUCUGGUUGCUCAGUAACACAACAAGCUACAUGUUUUGCCAUAAAGGAAGAGAAAAAGAGAAGCUGGUGAGGGAAUAACUCUUUAAGGCUGCUUGAUAACAGGAUAAUUAAUUAAUGAAUUUAAUAUAACUAUAUACGGGUAAAACAACAGUAAAACAUUUUCAACACAUUGCUGUGGUAGAUGAGGAAUGAAACACAUGCUGUUAUAAGAAAAUAAUCCCAUUUCUUAUCAGGCCACAUCACACCAUCGUGUUUUAUUCCAUACUUAUGACCUUCAUUUAUUAAAGUAAUUGUGUUAACAUGCUUAGCUUAUUUCUUCCAGCCUGUGAUGAAGCCCCCUGCUGGCUGUGGGGCCCAUAACAACCACUUAGUUCACUUAGGAGAUGGCUGGCACUGUUGGGAUCUAUUGCUUUAAUCAGACUGACCACAGUUAGAUGUUAGUAUUGGAAUUUAAGCGAGUAAUAAAAAUGUGACAGGAAUAAUGACAUAGCGAGACUGAUGGCUCAUAACUACAUGUCCAAACGUUGGCUGUAAUAUCACACAUGACACACAUGACAGAAUGACAUAAGAGUUGAGGUUGCGACACAGUUACUGAUAUCAUCUACGCUUAGGACCUUGUAGUAGAGGACAAAAAAUGUAAUGUGAUUGUAAUUGCGAAAAUGAGAUCGAGGGUUUUUUCUUUCUUUCUUUUUGUCAAAAACAGUAAAUGAAUUGAUUCUUUGUCAAAAGCGUUUUCUCAUUUUCCAAUAUGCACCGGUUAUCUACGUGUUUUAAAUCCUUUUUUUUUAUAUAUAAAUGAAUAAAGUAUAUGUUGGCUAUG